AUGGAAGCUCAAGAGAUGAUACAAUUCCUCAAUCAAGUGGAGAGUCCGAUUAGGUUCACGGCAAACAUUAACUUGGCCUCCGUCCAAUUUUUGGAUUUGGAGAUAGCCAUUAAUGAUGAGGGACUGGCCUACCGCCUCUAUCAUAAACCCACGGACCGAAAUACCCUCCUACAUAAUACAAGUGCACAUCCCAAGGCACUGAAGAGAUCUCUACCUAAGGCUCAAUUUCUGAGAGUUAUACGUAAUAACUCAGAUGAGAAUAUAAUGGAGAGACAAUUGGAAGAGAUGAUGGUAAAAUUUCUGGAACGUGGUUACAAACGAGAUGAUCUAGUUAGGGCAAAAUUGGAGGCAAAGUCUGCCUGUCCAACUAAAGUUAAAAGUGAAUCUCAAAGGUUAGUUUUUCCUGUAACGUUCCAUGAUGCAUCCCCAACGAUAUCUAAAAUUGUUAAGGACAAUUGGAAUAUGCUG